CUCCCUAGCCUUGAUUUCUUCAAUUGUCCCUCCGCAUAUCAACUUUUUUUUUUUAGAGAAAAGCCUGUUCGCGAUGACAUUUGGAGGUGAAUUGGCAGUCGUGGUCAGCCCGGUGAUUUCAGAACUGGUUCCUGUGCAGGCCAACUGGCUUGCAAGUUUCAGUUCCUGUGCAGUACAGUAAAGGCACUUGCUUGGUCAGAGGACGGCUAUGAAAACAGCUCAGGAGCGCAACCAGGAGUGCCUGCCUCCUAAGAAGAGGGACCACCUAGUUAACAACAGCAGUGGAGCUGCAGGGACUGGAGGAGUUGGGGCUGCAGGAGGAGCUGGUGGCAGUGGAGGUCGCAGUAGUAGUGUUGGUGGUGGUAUUGGAGAAGAUGAAGUGGUUUCCAUCCAGAACUCUGCAGCCAACAUUGACACUCAGGGAGGGACCCCAUCUGGAGAGUGGCUGCGAGCUCAGCCAGGGCUUCAUUAUGGAGUGGAUAACUCUGAUGGCAUACCAGCAGUGCCAGUUGACCAGUACGGUAUGCUCUACAAAGUGGCUCUCCCAUCUGUUACCUACUCGCCUACCAGUCUUCACCCAGUGUUAAGCCACAUCUCUCCAGCCUACACUGUACAUUCCUCUCUCCUGCAGCAUUCAGGCCUUCCCUAUCCUCCUCUUGGUUAUGCCCAGAUCCCUCAUUCCUCUCUCCAGUUCGUUAGUUCCCCUUAUGCAGCGGUACCUUAUGCCCUACCCCCUGGCUUUGUCCCGGGAUCAUUAAUCUCCCCCUCAGGCACUAUUCCUCAGCCCCAUGCUGUGUCCCACCUUGUUCCCUAUCCAUCCGUCAUACAGGAAGGUGUUGUUUCCCCACCUCCCCAGGCCCAGGUAGCUGCCCAUACCUUUGCCAAAGUCUCGGCAUCCAGCGGUGUCCCCCUGAUGCUGUCUUCAGAGCAAGUUGCCCAGCAACACCUUGGUAAUGUAGGAGUCCUCCCCGCAACAGAGCUCAGCUCUCGAGGGUUGCCAGUCUUCUAUCACUCUCAGGGCGCCAGGGCUGCCACUGCCACCAGAGACCCCCACAGUGCCCAGCAGGAGAAUGAGCCAGAGAUGAAUGGAGGCGAUAAAGAGCAGGGAGCUAGGGAGCUUGUACUAGAGUCAGCCUUCACUGCCAGAAAUGCACGUCUGCUGCAGGGAGGAUCCAACUCUGUAGCCCAGGAGUACAGCCAAGACAGAGGCCCGCUGAACCGACGGCUGGAAGAGAGGAGCUCACCGGGCCAGCGCAGCACUCCAGACAGCGACCUGGAGGUGCAGCAGGUUGUUGGUCGUUUGGCUUCCUCUAGCCAUGGUGGAGUGAGAAAAGAGGUCUCCUUUGCCCCCUUGAACCUCUCUCAGGGUGCCCAUAGAGCCAGAGAUGUCCAUGGAGAGUGCACAAGCGUGAUUUCUGGUCGGACUGCGUUCACGGCUCAGGCUGUGAGUUACAACGAUCCCAGAGUGACCGGUCUCCAGCAGCAAGGGGGACAGCCAGGCCAUGCUGUCAUGCUUGCUAAUGGGCAACCAGUUCUUAUACCCUUGGAGUAUCACCUGCAACAUCACCCCCAGCCACCACAGCAACACUACCUAGGACAGGCUAUUGAUGCCUCAGCCAGCCAUGCGUCUACCACUAUGGCCUCCCCUAACGCAAGCUUUAAAGCCUCUGAUUCUUCAGCCAGAGUGUGCCUCCUCGAAAGGGCAGAGCUUACCACAGCUCAGCAGCAGCUGCCCCAGCAGCCUCCUGUCCAGCCUGCAGCAGAUGUGACUCAGGCCUUAGCUUCAAGCCUCGCUCCUGCCUCGGCUGCCUCCAACCCAUCGCACUUCAUGAAGGGAGCCAUUAUCCAGCUGGCUACUGGGGAACUGAAGCGUGUGGAGGACCUCCAGACUCAGGACUUUGUGCGGAGUGCCGAGGUGAGUGGGGGGCUUAAGAUCGAUUCCAGCAUGGUAGUGGACAUCCGUGCCAGCCAGCAGAGAGCAGGUCUUGUGUCGCUUCACUUUACUGUGGGGGAGCAGCAGAGCAAAGUGACCAUCGAUGUUCCCCCGGAGCACCCUUUUUUUGUGUUCGGGCAAGGAUGGUCGUCCUGCAACCCUGAGCGCACGGCCCAGCUCUACGGCUUGGCGUGCCAUCAUCUGCAAGUAGGAGAUGUGUGCGUGUCCAUCACCCUGCAGCAGCAGCUUCAGCAACAGCAGCAGAAACAACCACAGCACCAUCAUUCACAGCAGCAACAAAAACAGCAGAACCUGUCCAGGACUUUGAGCAAAACCAAUGCUACAACAAGUCACCAGCUCAUGGGGCCUCCUGCCCCCCAGCAGUCACGGCCUCCGUCUCAUUUCAGGCCAGACCGCAUCCACAGGGAAAGACAGAGGGAUGGGGAAAAAGAUGCGGUUGAUAAGGAGGAAACCACACAUUUUGGGGUUGUUGGGCACUCUGAGUCGCCCAUCAGACCAAGUAGGAACUCAGCAGAGCAUCCAAGAAGCCAGAGCAGCUACCACUUGCACACAGAGGGCUCUGCUUUUGCAGGGGCAGGGAUGGGAGCAAUGCAGGCUGCGCUAGGUGCUUCUCAGAGGCGCUGGUCCUCACCGGGCCUCCAAAGAUACAGUAUGAAGGGAGACGAAGGGCCACGCCCUCAGAUAAGCACCACCGGCCACACAAGGCCCUCUUUCAUCCCCCAGGAGGUCAAACUGUCCAUUGAGGGGCGCUCUAAUGCAGGGAAGUAGCAUCAUAUUUGGUAGCAACUAUAGAGGAGACUGCCACGAACGAGUCUGACAAGGAGAGAAAGAGGAAAAAAAGAGUGCGAAUGUAGCCUCAGAAUGUUUGAGAUUUUGCACACCUAAAAUAUACAAAAAAUACCAUGUCUCUGGUGAGAAGUUCUGGUUCUGUUCGGUUGUCACUCAGCCAAAGGAUACGCGCCUGUGGUUUUCUAGCCAGCUGAGGUCCAACAGAGACAUCUCAAGCUGAGUAUAAAGUAUGUAGCGGAUGAAAUGCCUACCAUAGUCCUUGCACACAUCAUUUCUCUUCCUCCCUCCCUCCUUUGUCACCACUUCCUCAUACCCAUGCUUGGAGGUUACCAUUGCAUUCGGAACACUCUUGCUUCCUUUUUGACCGAACCGUCUCUUUGGAAGACCGAGGACUACGAAGAAUGUGUUUGUAGCACUUGAAGCUACCAACUCUGCAGGUUCUGAUGUAUUUUAAAGAUCCCAGUCAGUGAUCUUUUAUCGCCUCCAUUCCUAAGAUCCUGUUUCCUUCAAAAGCAUUUACCCAAAAAAAAGAGAGGAGUUGCUGACAUCAGCGGCUCCCGCGGUGAUGUUGGCACUGUCGACGCUAACUGUCAGUGUAUGUUACAUUAUGCCUCUCCGGCAGGAGUCUAAAACCUCUGCUGUCAGCAGAGAUACUCCCUCCCCUCCUUCCUUUUUCCGAAGGCCGCUCUGCAAUGAAUGGGAUCCUCUCUCAAGCCAAGUGUGGCACGUUGCACUUGUCUUAGUGAAAUAGUGAUAAGUCAAUCAGUAUGUCUGUUCAUCAAUCAGUGUCCACUCAAAAAAAAAAUCUGCUCAUGCCCUCUGGUUAAGGCUGAGGGCCCGAAGUGUGUUCGUUUAAAUGCCGCAUUUUCCAAUAAUGCUUUGUUCUCUAUUGUAACUAGAGAUAUCUUGCAUUCCAGUAUCAUCAGUGAGAAUAUCCAUCACUUAGUGUCCCAUCCAGACCGACUCCCUCCCUCCUCCUCACUUUACCUCUAAGCUUUCCCGGCCAGACUGGUGACUUUUAAUGCAAUGUUAAACAGCUUAACUAAGAGAGGAGGCACUGGCUGGUCAUCACCAAAGCCACCUGUGGGAAUGAGACCAUGCCACCCUGUCACAUCACUGGCUGCAGGUCUAUUAAGCCUAAAACCGCAGGAGAAUGGAGGGGCCUUGUAGUUUGUAUCCUUGUAGAGAGAAAGUGAGUCAGUGACGAGGUUUUGUCUUUGUCCUAGUUACUCUUUGCUCAGUUACCAAAUUAAAGCAAUAGUUCUUUUUACAGCACACGGCUGUACUGCUCCCCCGCUGGAGUCUCUCAUUGUGGGUUGUUUUAUAUCUCUGUACAUCGGAGGUGUGAGAUCUCUUUCAACCCCGACCUUUAAAGGUGAUGCACUAUUUUGGUGUUAAUUUUAAUCGAAUCUUCAGUAUUUCUACACAAGCAAUGCAUGACAAAUUACUCAAGAAAUCGUUGUAGAUGAAACUGCUUUUCUUUAAUUCUCCAUCUCACUGAUGAUAUUUCAUGUUUUGACUCAAGUGCAUCUCCAAGAAAGGCUUGACUCUAAUUAAGUUGUGAUCAUUAUCAAGUUUUCUUCUGUUCUGUCUUUUUGUUUUAACGUAUACGGUCCUUCGCUUUUGUACUACGAUAUACUUUAUCCAGUGUAUCUGAUGAUUGUCUUGUGUUGCACAUAGAAAAUAUCACUCAUUGAUUUCACACUGACCUUGUUUAAUAGGAAUCACAGUUAAGUAGAUGUUUUUUUUGUAUGAAGGGAAUAUGUUUGAAGUAUUUUUGGUGUUUUUUUGUGAGAAAGAGAAGAAAAAAAAACUGACUUGCAUUUUUAACUCUGUUUACAAAUCAGCCAAGAUGAAUGCUGCAGUUUCCUCCUUCUGACAGAUUUUUUUUAUCUGUCACUGAAAAAAAACAACCAAAAAGGUUCAAUUAACAAUAAGUGCAAUUAGACCACACAUAAAAUCAUUUAGAGUUGUAUGAUCCGACGGCAUUCCUCAUGCAGACAUUCCCAUUUAAAAAUGUUCAUCACACACGUUUAUUUUUUCUGUCACAGAUCCUUGGACUUACCUCUGGCAAAACAUUUGAUCACUUUUGAACAUUUCCUGCAUUACCUGUUAUGUGCUCAGACAGAAGCAUCAGUACAUGUGUUUUGUGUCUGACUAAUGUGCUGGUGAUGUCAUCACUUGUUUGUUUAGAUCUGUUCUCUUCAACUCUCUUCUCUUACCGUCUCUGAGUACAAGGCCUGAACCUCUGUCAGCAGGUAUAGAGGCCACGAGAGAAUGAAUACACUCUAUUACACUCAUUAUGAGCACCUUUAAAGGAUAGGUUCAUAUUAUUACAUGUCUUAAAGUAUUUCUAAAGAGUUAUUGGUUGCUGUAAUCAUUCCUCCUGUCCAUAAGAUAGAGGGGAAGAAUAAUUAAACCUAUCCUUUAAAGUGCUUUACCACAGUCAGAAACCCAUCUUACCUUUUUAGAAGAUCACCACAUUGAGUUCUUCUCAUGCUGUAAGCAAUAUACAUAAUACCUGAAAACAUUUCAUGUAGUUUUGGCAUUUUCUAUGCAGUAAACUCAGUGUUGUACCCUUCAUUGUCUUAAGUAAAGCUCUCUGAAGCAGUAGGGCAGGUUGGGCUGAUGCAGUCAUUUUACACUGAUGUCUGGUUAUAGGAUUUUUUGCUUUGAAUUGUCUUUUUAUACGAACCAGUAUUUUGCUUUGCUACUUUCUAUUUUUAGCUCGUUGUCCCCAUCCUCCUCCGUAUAGCACAGCGCUGACUCGCAGCUCAGUACAUUUCUAUCUUCUUCUAACGUUGCCACAUGGUCGGAGCCAAAUUACACCAGACGAGUGUCACUUAAAUGAUUGUGCGUUUGUCCAGCAUUAUUUGAGCAAGACAGUAUCUUAGGUCAAGAUGCAUUUGAUGUGAUAUAAAUGCUGCAAGCAGUGCCACCUGUGACUUAACCUCCUGUUGAUCUUCACAGCAAGACCACCCUGCGCUGCCAUUAGCCUUUUUGUUUUUGCCCCCUGCUUUGAGCAGCGUGUGCCACGUUAAGCAGGAGUGUUCGACUUCUUCUAGCAAGAUGUCUAAUCACAUCACUGAUAGUCUGUUGCUGUAAGUAAUUGCACUAAAUGCCCUCCUUUUUUACAGUGUUUUGAGCUUAAAACUGUUGGUAAAUUGAAGAGUUUUAAAAUGUAAAGCACACAAAAUCACGGAGAAAUCGCAGGUUGUGUGUUUCUGUAGAUAGCUGUAUUUCUUUUGUACAAAUGGCUUUGAUGAUGCUUGUUGAUAAUGCCUUAACAUUCUGCUUUGUACAAUGUGUGAAGUUGGAAUAAUGGAAAAAUGCUUAUGUUAGACUUGUGUUUCCCUCUCAGGCUGAACAAGAGCCAAUCAGAAAUGUCACGCUUUGACACUCUUGUCACGCCUAUGAGCAGAAAUUCAUAUUCAUGUUUCUCAAAGGGUGACGGUGAAUUCCCUCUGAGCCCCAAGACGCUUCAACCAUCAAAUCUGCAACUUUGUGUUUGUGGCGUUUUGUAUUUUCUUUUCCUUUUUCAUGAACUAUUCCGUUUCAUUUUUAAUACACACUUUACUCUCAUACUUACCUUUUUUAAUUCCUGUUUUUUCAAUGUGUGUAAGUGAAGUAAAUGGAAUUUCUUUUCUGCACUUUUUACAAGACGAAAAGAGUGUCUGCAAAGGAGGGCAAUCCAUUAAUUACACACACACAUUGUUUGUUAUUGUUGCACGAGAUCAGUAGUUUUUUAUCCCUUGAAUUAAUGGAUUGUGUUUGGUGUCUUGUGCUUUGUUCCACAGUCUCUGGACAACAAGAAUCAAGGUGAAUUAAUAGAGACAGACAGGCUGCGUUAAUCAGAUAGCUUUCCAUUGGUGGUAAUGUAACGGUUUAUUAUGUUUUGUGACGUUGGCAGUGGGGAUUUCUAUUCCCUGUGUGAACUACUUCCUGUUGUUUGAUCCUGCAUUGAACUGCAAAGGUGAAUUUAGAUGAUUUUGGGUGUUGCUGAUGUCCAGUUAAAUCAGGAGAACGAGAACGGUUAAAAGUUUUAAAGAAGUCUGUGCAUUUUCAGAUUCGACAUUGUACUUUUUUUUUUUUUUUUUUUGCCACAAGGUGACACUGCUUUUUAUGUGACGUGCAACUAUUGGAAAAACAAACAAACAAAAAAACAGCAUUUCUUUUUUAAAUGCCUAAAUCUGCAAAAUAUAUGCAAUGAUGUAAAUGUAACAUUCAAUCCUCAAGUAUAAUCCAGGUUGUAUGAACUUUGUAUAGUGAGUUUUAAUAUCGUAUGGCCGUACCAAUAUGUAUUGAUCUUUAUCAGAAGCCUUAGAGUUGUCGACCGAAAGUGCUCCCUUAGAAUACCCCACACCUACCUGACUUUAACAAAGCAUUAAUAUCUAUAUUUUGUUGCGUUUUUAUUUGUACUGGUUUUGAAUAAAAUAGAUUUGUACUGUAUAUUUGUACCUCUCUGUGAACUACUUAGGGCGGUUUUUGUUUUUUGUUUUGCUGUUUUAAUUCUAUGUACUUUAAGGACACAAAGAUAUUGUAUUUUUAUUGUUACAGCUAACUUGGAGACAUUGCAUUUAUCAUGUUUGUUAAGUAAACACAAUAUAAUAUAUAUAUACAAAUAUAAAUAUAAACUAUUA